UCUGAAAGAAACAAAAGUGCUCAAGCUUCCUCUUAAGCUACCAUCAUGACAUGUACAUUGUAAGUGAAGGAUAUCCUUACAGAAGAUUUACUGUAUUUACUGUCACAUCUGCUAAGCACUACAAAAACAGCAUCCAAAUGUUCAACAAAAAUAAAUCAACAGCAACUUCAAAGUUUUAUAAUGAACUACCAAAGGAGGAGUUGUACAGCGGAUACCUGCACAAGUCCCCCGUUCGUUCUGGCCUUACAAAUGGCAUAAAAUCAUGGAGGCGUCGUUUCUUUGUACUUUCCAAGGAGGGUGAGGACAACUAUCAGCUGGCAUACUUUAAAACCAAUAAAAAGAGAGAGAAGCCUUUGGGAGAAAUAGACCUUUCUAAGGUCAGUAUAAUUUAUACUUCCCCUGAGAAACAUCCGAUGUGGGAAUGGAUUCAGAAAAACUUCAAGUGCCUCCCGUCCUCUGUACUGCUUCUGAGAGUCGAAGACUACAUGCCAAAAUAUGCAAGAGAUUAUUUCCUCAUUGGUGAAAACAGUGAGAACGUGAAUGGCUGGCACAAUGAGAUACUGAAAGUUUUGAAGACUCAACCAUCACAAAAUAAAGUAACAGAUGAUGACCUUCAACAGGACAAGAGAUUCAGAGCAAAAACUGAACCUGUGCGCUCUCUAGAUUGCAAUGAAGAGCCGAGUCAAUCUGCUCUAUUUCGAAAGUCUGCACCUAUAUAUACAUUCAUUUCCCCUCCAUUGCCGGAUGGCUACUACGAUAUUCCUCGCAAGUUCAGUAAUAUUGCAAUUAGUGAUGAUGAAGAAGAUGACACAGAGGAACAGCCUGAAACUCCAGAGGACAAUGUCGACAGUGCAUACAUGCCUAUGUUUUCAGUAAAUGCGGUAUUGCAACAGAGGCAACAGGAGGAGGAUGCAUGCUUUCAGAAAAAGAACAGUGCAGAGAUGAGGUGCUCUUCAGACUUUAAUGGAAAUUGUGCAUCUACUGAGAUGAAUAAGGGACCCCCAAACAAGAGUGAAACACACAAACCCGUUGAGAAGGAGAUCUGCAUUAACCGAAAUGAUCUUAGUAAAACUUUGAUAUUUACACAGAAAGAAGGAAAACCAUGUGUGUCUGAAUGUAAGCAGACUGAGACCUCACAUUUGUUUCAUAAGGGGGAUCAGAUCCUGGCCUUCAACGACCUGGAAAUCGAGACAGUAGAUGAGAUACAUACAUUCCUAAGAAGGUUUAGCAAGGAUGAGGUAAAACUGACUAUUCUACGAAGUCCGGGAUCCCAGCCUUUUCACGCUAAGCCCUGUUCAUCACUUUGAGGACAUCAAACAAAAUGAGGAUACUUCAUUGCAUCAUAUAUUCAUUAAAAGUUGUGCAUUAAGUCCAUUGGCUCUACAAUGAUUAUCUUGUAGUGAUUUAUAAAUAUUUGCAUUGUGUGACAUUAAAACUCAUUUUUUAGAAGCAGGACUUGUAAAGUAGAUAUCAACUAAUAGAAGAGGUGAGCAGGUUAUCGGAAAGUAUGACGUCAUCUUCUGUUUGUACAGUAAUAGUUGAAAUGUGCAGUGCAAUAUGAUUUGCAGUGCAAUUCAUUGAUAUUAAAUAGUUACGGAUUCAGCGAAAUUAGUAACAUGAGAGUGUAUAUACAAUGUGUAGAUAAGACUAUAUGAGACUGGUGAUGGAUAUAUAUGCUACUGUAUGUUUAGGUGACCAUAAGACACAAAAUAAGACAAAGACUAGUAUUACACUGACAUAUAUGAAGGUUAAUCCACUGUGAACUAUUUUAACUUUUUUAAACCAACAUUUAGUUUUUUAUUGUAUACUGAGGCACUUUAUUGUACUGUUUUAUACACUUUUUCAUUAUUCUGUUUUGUUUUACCA